AUGAAGGGGCCUGGAGGACCGUACUUAGUUGAUGUCGCUCUGAAUCUCACAGACUGUGUGUUUCGUGGGGUUGAUUGGAAAGGUAGACGGGUUCAUGAAGACAAUUUUGAAGAUGUUCUUCGACGGGCAGAGGAGCAGAACGUAAAGAAGAUGAUUAUUACUGGUACAAGUCUUGCACAGUGUGUAAAAGCCAUAAAGCUUUGCCGCCGUUAUCCUUCUCAACUUCUCUGUACAGUUGGAAUUCAUCCUGCUCACUCUGCCGAGUUUAUGUUACCACUUGAUUGGGCAAGUGUUGAAGAAGCUGCUAAGGAUGAUGUUUCGAUUCAAAUUCCUCAACCUCCUUCGUCUCUUGAAUAUCUACCUAAUGAUUCUACAUCUGAUGGUCCUGCUCGUUUAGAUACAUCUAAAACAUGGCAAUAUACGGAGGAUCGCUUGAAAAAGUUAAUAGAAUUGGUAGAAGAAAAUCGAGAUGUUGUCGUAGCUGUUGGAGAAAUUGGACUUGAUUAUGCUGAACUUUCUUACUGUCCAAAGGAUGUACAGCAAGAAUACUUUCUUCGUCAAUUACGCGCUUUUCGAACACUUAAACUUCCCUUCCUUUUUCAUUCACGUGAUUGUGGUACAGACUUUGUGCGAAUACUUGAGGAAGAACGGCAGAAUUGGCCUACUGACCUACCAUUUACUGGUGUAGUACAUAGUUAUAAUGGAACUCCUGAGGAGCAAGAGAGGCUUUUAGCGAUGAGUGGUAUCUAUUUUAGCAUAAAUGGUACUGCAUUCAGGGAAAAACAAAUAGCUGAUCAGAUAUGUCAAAUACCACUUGAACGAAUAAUGUUGGAAACAGAUUCACCUUGGUGUGAUAUUCGCAAACAACAUUAUGGGGCACAAUUUGUACGUACACAUUUCCCAACUAAUCCUAAAGAAGGACAACAGAAACAACAGAAAAAACCACAGAAACCAUUUGAUGCAAAAUUAUGUAAUGAACGACGUAAUGAACCAUGUCAUUUACGACAGGUAUUAGAAGCGUAUGUUGGUGCGCUUCGUAGUUUGAAUCAUGGCACGAAUAAUGAAAAUAAUAAUAAUAAUAAUAAUAAUAAUAAUAAUACUGAUUUGCAGAACAUAACAGAGGAAGAGGUGAUGCAACGUGUGUAUAGCAACUGUGCCACCGUAUUCUCUCUUUGA